GAGACCUUUUCGCCUUGCGGAGCGACGACUAGUCUUCAAUGUCGCCCAGCUGAAUCACAUUGCGGCUGCAUCCAUCGGUCGACCUGAGAAGGAUGUAAAUUGGAUUUGAAAGCUAGCUGAGGGGGGAUUCGACCGCGUGUUUGAAAUUACUAUGCGAGACGGUACUCCAAGUUGUGGCACGCCUUGCGUACCCCUCGACCGAACCCAGGAUUUAUGCGACAGUGAGUGAGGUGGCAACCAAUGGAUUUUGUGAGAUUACAUGGCGUUCCAGUACCCCGUAUCCUCACGAUAACCCUGUUGGUUCCGAAUACAUCAUCUUGGAGAAAGCUGCCGGGAAACGAGCUUGGGGAGCUUUGGUAUACCAUGACAAAACGGCAGCGGUUGAAGAUGAUAUUCGAGAUUGUGAAGAUCGAGGCACUGCUGUAUACUCAAGGAACAAAGGACCAAGGGAAUCAAGCACGACUAUCUCUGAAAAUAGUCCCUGAAAUGGGACUCCCGAUGAUGAGGAAUCGACGUCCCCAGAGAGCCCCAGAAGAAAGGCGUUCUUUGCUUCCCGCCCUUGAGCUCUUGUCUUUGGUUUUGUUCGUCGUAGUUCUCUCUCUCGGUCUAGAACUUGCCUGCUUCGGGCCCGACUCCGGCGCCUUUGGGCUCUCCGUUGUUUGGCUUCUUCAGUGAGACCAAAGAGACUUUUGAACCAGUCUAGCAUGAUGAUCGGCUGUACGGUUUGUUCUGACU